AUGCCCAUCGAAGCCACGUUCGCUCAUCCUCAAACCCCCUUUGGCGAGCUAGGGCAGCCGCUUAAUCGAGAAAAAAGCAUUAUUGGUCAACUUUCCGUCAAGGCUGAUACAGAGUCCGCUACUACCUUAAUUCCUCUUGAGGAUGCAUAUCCCGACGGAGGGCUUCGCGCGUGGCUUGUCGUCCUCGGCUGUUUUCUGUAUGCCUGCACAGUCUUCGGCUGGGGUCUCAACUGGGGUGUGCUUCAGGAUUAUUAUCACACCACAAUGUUUCCCAAUACCAGUUUGAGCAUCCUCGGUACCAUUAUAGGGCUCGCAAAUUUCGUGAGCCUGAAGCUCGUAGAGCGUAUCACGAACCCUAAUGGGUUCCAACAGAAGAUGAUUGCCAUUAGUUGUUCUCUGGCAUAUCUAUGUUUGCUUGCUUCGGCAUUCGCUACAAAAGUGUAUCAGCUAUUUUUGUUUCAAGGGUGUCUAUUGGGUCUUUCCCAGGGGAUCGGCAUGCCUCUUUAUUUCUCCUUAUGUUCGCAGUGGUUUCUGAAAAGAAGAGGGCUGGCUACAGGCAUUGCAGUCAGUGGCAGUGGUAUCGGUGGUGGGAUAGAGACAUUGCUCAUGCGCCAACUGAUCGUCAAAAUAGGCUAUAGGAAUACCAUGCUCACUUUCAGCUCCCUACAUGCCGUGAUCUGGAUAUUUGCGUGGUUUCUGCUAAAGGAGCGAUUGCAUCCAGGUUUAAAUCCUACGGCCAAGAAACGUUGGCUUCCGAAGAAAAUCACUGGGUCCUUCUGCAGUGUGGCUCUCAGCAUGUUCUUUGGUGUGUUCGGCUACCUGACCCCUUAUUAUCUCAGCGCAACAUAUACUAGACAAAUGGUUACUACGCUUGAUUCUAACUCCCUUCUCGUCACAGUGCCUUUGAUUGUUAUGAAUUUCUGUCUUGGCAUUGGAAGAAUCACGGCUGGCCGUUUAGCUGACAUCUUUGGAGCGACCAACAUGUUCUUUUGUUCUUUCUUUAUUGGUGGUCUCCUUCAAAUGGUAUUCUGGACCUUUGCUCGGUCCUACGCAACGAUCAUGGUCUUUUCUGUCUUAAAUGGCUUAAUUGGCUCCUGGUUUAUGAGUCUCCUGCCUGUCGUAUGCGCAAAAUUAUUUGGUGUUGAGGGCCUCUCCACGAUCACAGGAUUCAUGAUAUUGGCAAAUUCACCAGGACAAUUUGUAGGCACUACAAUCGCGGCAGUGGUGCUUUCGUCUUCUGGUAAUAACUGGACAGCGGUGUCGCUCUAUUCAGGGUCUAUGCAGAUCAUGGGCGCACUCUGCAUACUAUAUGCACGGUUCAAUAAAGAACGCAGCAUAUUUGUGAAGGUAUAA